AAUGCGCAUGCGUCGCAACGCUUAUUCACACUGAUCUUCAACAUAAGAGCUUCACUCACACACACAGCAGUCUGUAAGGAGAGCGCGCAGGUAGCGCACACAAACCUAGCCCGGAACGGUUAGGAAUAAAAUAUACAUGACACCAGCGAGAAGAGGUAUCCCGGUGUAAAAUGGAGGAUAGUUUUGAUUGCGACUGCGGUGAGCUGGAGCCGCCUGAUCAUUGAGAAGGAAGUGUCUUGUUGAGAACAUCAAACAUUUCAAUUUCCCAUCAUCAGGCAUUUUAAAAAGGAACAAGGAAAAAUAUUACAUUUGUCACCAGUUACUAGGACCGUUAAUAAUAAUAAUAAUGCUGCUGCUCAGGGCCAGUCGUACACUGAAAAUUUCUGCACUGUGACAAUGGUUUUAUUUGUAGAGACUUCAGUUAUUUCAGUUUCGUUCAGAGAGAUUUGAUUGGCCUCCAAAUUCAUUCCGUUACGCCCUAUUAAACAUUGAAACAAAUCAAAUUUCCAUUUUAAGUUAAGUUCCCAUUAGUCUUGAAAAAGCUGCUGGAAGUGUUGUGGAUGAUGACCACAUAUCCUGGCAACAUAUCCUUAUCAGUUCCUAUCUCUCAGUAUACGCUGUAACAGUAGGUCAGGGGAAAACGCUCAAGUCUUACUAGGCUUGAGUGUAGUUUGAGUCAACUUUUUCUAGAAACUCCAAAUUGGCUGCAUAUCAGUUAAAAUCAGAAAUACUUCCUGCUAUAAUAUCUGCACAGAGCUGCUCUUCUAGAUCACAGAAUGGCAGAGAAAUUUGAAAGCCUUAUGAACAUUCAUGGCUUCGAUCUGGGGCCUCGCUACAUGGACCUGAAGCCACUUGGCUACGGUGGCAACGGCUUGGUGUUUUCCGCUGUUGAUACCGAUUGUGACAAGAGGGUUGCUGUUAAAAAGAUUGUCUUGACUGACCCACAGAGUGUCAAACAUGCGCUGCGUGAAAUCAAAAUCAUCCGCAGGCUUGAUCAUGACAACAUCGUGAAGGUGUUCGAAACUCUGGGGCCCAGUGGCCGGAGGCUCACGGAGGACGUGAGCUCUCUGACAGAGGUCAAUUCAGUGUACAUCGUCCAGGAGUACAUGGAAACUGACCUCUGUAAAGUACUGGAACAGGGCUUGUUGUCUGAGGAUCACGCACGGCUGUUCAUGUACCAACUGCUCCGGGGACUCAAAUACAUCCACUCUGCAAACGUGCUUCAUCGUGACCUGAAGCCUGCCAACCUCUUUGUCAACACUGAGGACUUGGUUCUAAAAAUUGGAGACUUUGGACUCGCCCGGAUCAUGGACCCCCACUAUUCCCAUAAGGGCCAUCUGUCUGAAGGACUGGUCACUAAAUGGUAUCGUUCUCCUCGUCUGCUUCUAUCCCCCAAUAACUACACCAAAGCCAUUGACAUGUGGGCCGCUGGGUGCAUCUUUGCCGAAAUGCUGACUGGAAAAACACUCUUUGCAGGAGCUCACGAGUUGGAACAGAUGCAGCUGAUUUUGGAAUCCAUUCCCGUAGUCCAUGAGGAAGACCGACUGGAACUCCAAAGCGUUAUACCCGUCUUCAUCAAGAACGACAUGUCAGAACCACACACGCCCCUUGCCAAGUUGCUACCUGGUGUCAGCCCUGAGGCCUUGGAUUUCCUGGAGAAGAUCUUGACAUUUAACCCAAUGGACCGUCUCACUGCAGAAGAGGCUCUUGCUCAUCCAUACAUGAGCGACUAUUCAUUCCCUCUAGACGAACCAGUGUCCUUGCACCCCUUCCACAUUGAGGAUGAGGUGGAUGACAUCCUUCUCAUGGAUGAGAGUCACAGUCACGUCUACAACUGGGACAGGUAUCAUGAAAGUCAGUUCUCUGAUCAAGACUGGCAUCUGCACAGCACCCAUGAGCUGGAAGAUGUGCAGCGUGAUCCUCGAGCUAUGUCAGAUGUGACUGAUGAGGAGGAGGUCCAGAUCGACCCCCGGAAAUACAUGGAUGGAGAUUGCGAGAAGUUCCUCGAAGAUCCAUCAUUCGACCUCCCACCAGAGCACUUGUGGCAGCUGGAAGAUCACCACGAGAACAAGUACUGUGACCAGGAGUGCAGCUACACAUGCAACUAUAAAGCUGUAUCCCCAUCCUACCUGGACAAUCUGAUCUGGAGGGACAGUGAGGUGAACCACUACUACGAGCCCAAACUCAUCAUCGACCUCUCCAACUGGAAAGAGCAACAGAGCAAAGAAAAGAUUGACAAAAAGGGCAAGAGCAAGUGUGAGAAGAACGGACUGGUCAAGGCUCAGAUCGCUCUGAAGGAGGCAUCUCAGAACCACACGGUGCCCGAGAAGGAUCGCGAUCAGGAAAAACACCAGAAUCACAACCAGGGCUUUGACUUCGACUCGUUUAUCGCUAGCACCAUCAAACUGAGCCUGCAGCCGGAAUCUGGCGACGUUGACCUCCUGAACGAGUUGAACACCUCCGUUUCACAGCUGGACACUCGCGCUCCUUGUGGCUCCAUGUCCAAAUCCAUCAGUCAGGAAAAAGAAGAGAAGUGCCUAGUCAACCUGGCACAGCUCGGCGUCCGGGCUCCGUGCCCUUGGGAGAGUUUCACGGACUGUGGUGUUGCCGAGAGCAGCCUGAUCGACCAGGCUUGCUGGGACGUCCGUAAAGACGAGCAGCUGCAAAAGGAAAACAGCAGCUGCCAGAGCAGUUACCUGGACCGUCUCUUCAACAAGCGUGACGAUGUGGAGCCUGAGAUCCUCGAGCCUGUGGAGGUGGUGUCCACCACGGAGAGUGACUUCAUAUCCUGUAGCGGAGAGAUUGUCUUUAACAUGCAACUGGAAUCUCUGGCCAUUCCAGGGUUCGAGGGAGCGGCUGACAUUCCUCUGAAGUCCAUCCAGGCCACGUUAGCGCCAUCCGCUGUUAAACACUCCCCACAAAUCGCCCAUAAGACCUACAGCAGCAUUUUCAAGCAUUUAAAUUGAAAGAUUCACCCAAUUCAAGCAGAGUCCAGCUUAUUUUUUUAUAGUAUUUCUGUACUUGAAUCAUUUCUUAUCUUUUUACAUAUGGUUACUUUUUAAGGAAAUGUUGUUUCUUUUAUUUUCUUUCUUUCUCUUGUUUUUUUUUUUAAUUCGUGGAUUAAAUGUAAAUUAAUUCAGUUUGUAAAUUCAUCCAAAGUGCUGGACUGUGUUCCAAUUCAUGAAACGUUUUGCCCUCUGAUUUUCUGUUUCAACUCUGAUAUUAUAUACAUAUAUCUAUAUAAAAAGAAACUAACGGCAUGACAUUUGCACACAGUGUACUGUAGAUUCAGAAUCCUGUUAGGGAAAGUCAGAGGAACGACUGUUAA